AUGACUGACUACUUUGAAGAGUUAAAUUGCCAGCCGAUACCCGACGAGGAGGUCCAAAGUCAUCAACUUAUGCUGAUGGUGCGUUUUAUGCGCCAAAACGGAUUCCUGAACGAAGAUUUUGAGCGCGAAUUACGUGCGCCGCCCGCUGCCAAGGAAGUCAUCGAAGCGCUAAAGGAGAAACGCGUCACGAAAGACGACGAAAAAUGCACGAUUUGUCUGAAGCCGAACGAUGAACCUGAACCGGAGACUGGCACACUGAACGAUUUGUUCAAAAUUUUGCCGUGCAAACACGAGUUUCAUGCGACUUGUAUUUUGCCGUGGUUGGCAAAGACAAAUUCGUGUCCGUUGUGUCGUUUUGAGAUGAAAACUGACGAUGAGAUCUACGAGGAACAGAAGCGACAUCGAGCACGACAGGCGCAGAGAGAAGCGGAAAUUGAGUCGUUGCAUGAUUCAAUGUAUGGUUAA